UUCGUCGCAUUUUGAUGACGAAACGUUUUGGUUGUAAACAUGGAGGAGAGAGAAGCGCUGAAGAGGCAAAUUGAACUUCUACAAAAUCUCAUCAAUAAACAUAAGAGUGUCCAUGGCGACACCCCGUUUGCAAGAGAUGAGCAGAGGCAUCCGGACGCUCCAACGUCAGCCAGAGGCAGAGGUCACAGCACAUCUGUCGUCCAACCUCACAGCUCCAGAGGGGGAGCGUAUGCUCCUCAAAGCCGUGGAAGUUGGAGGAAAACGUACUCGCUGAGCAACAAGAACCCCCAACCAUCUCUUGGACAUCCCUCAGCUUCUACUCCCUCUACUGUACAUCAGUCUAGUUCCCACAGUGUAUCUGACAGCACCUCACUGCCCAGCCACAGCAGAGGAGAGGAGAGGCAAAGAAUCACCACUGCCAUCUUAUCAUCAGGGAUCCCUCAACACAAGGGAGAGCGACAUGUAAACAGUAUCACAGGGGGAGUUGCAAAUGAGGAAAAAAACACGGAUACUCUUAGAAAAACAGGAGCAGCUGUGUCUCAGCAUGAAGAUGGAAAAGGAGAUUCAAGAGCAACAGGCACUAGUGAGCAACAUACAACGCUUCUUAGACAGACUGAAGAUCUGAAGGAGAAGACUGAAAGCAGGAGUGUAGUCCUGCCAGAAAAGAAAGUCAGUUCUUUAGAAGUGCCGUCCCCAAUUAAGGCCAACACAUCGACCAGUUUGCAGAGCAUCCCUCAAACACGGACCAAACCUACCCAGACAUGCAAAGCCAGCACUGAGACUAAACCAACUAUUACUCAGAAAACUCCAGCAGUUCCUAAUAUUAACAAAAAUGUAUCAAAACAUUCAAUCGACCCCGAAUCUCACACCAGCCAGGGCCAAGUCAAUGCAUCUUUUUUGAAGAAAUCUAAGUUCACUUGGGUGAAGAGCCACAACGUGAGAGGAGUGGGGCCCAAACAAGCUAGUUCCAUUUCCUCACCCACAGGCAAAGCUGUAACUGCUCCCCCAGCUUCAGUCUCAAAAGCUGGAGUUGCCAGUGGAAGCUCCCCCUUACUCACAGUGAAGAGAACGCCCGGCAAGAAGUUGCCUCGAAAACUAAGCUCACUCAAUGUAACCCCCAAGACCUCCAAGUACAGAUGGGUCUCCAUCUCCGCCGGAGCCCAAGCCAAAACACCCCGAAAGUCAAUAUCGCCCAAAGCCCUGACUCUUUCCCAAAGAGCUCUGGAGAAGGGAGAGGUUACCAAGAAACUCAGAGCAGAAGAUAAGAUGAAAAAGGGAGCCACGGGUUCCUCUGCCAACUCCUCACUGAGCAGCCGCUACCGCUGGAAGGCUGGAGGUCAGAGCACUACUGGGGCAGCAACCGGAGGGGCAUCCGUGGCUCGUCGUAGAUCUGCCUUCCACUGGACGUCAGAAAGAAGCGGGAAAGGAGGGCUCGCUGUUUCCCCAUCUGUAACCCAUCGUUCCUACCUGAUGCCAUCCUCCUCCCCUGCUGGGUUCAAGCUCCGCAGCAGGAUGAAAAUCAUUAGGAAGUCUGCUACUGGUGGAAGUGGGUCAGAGAUAAAGUACUCCCCGCGGGGCCGGGUGCACAGCUCGACCAGGAGUCCCAUAGGAGUGAGGAGGACACCCUCCAGGGAACUUGUGUCUUUUGGUCGACACAAGUUGAGGCGCCUCUCCCCCACCUCAUCAAGGACAAGUCCCGCCUCCUCCUCCUCCCACCGUAGCACCGCCUCUCAGCGGGUGUUUAGGACACGCUACAAGAUGGUGACCCGCCCGGGCUCCAGCACCGCACACGCCCUCCACUACAACCCCGCCCUCUCCUGGAGAGCCAAGAGGAUCCAGUCUGCCAGGAGUUUCCUUCAGAGCCGUAUGCGAGCUCCCCACGACCGACACCCGUCGUCCACCCAGCACUGGAGAGGAAGCAGCAUGUGCUGGAUCCGGGGUUCCCUGUACCGGGUGUCAGCCAACAAGCUGUCCCGCACCGUGGCGUCCAGCAUGUCCAUCAACCGAACAGGAAGGUCUUUCAGCACCUCCCAGGUCUCAUCCAUGAGUCCUGCUUUCAACCGGCCCUUCAGUCCUCGUCAUUUAGCCAGCCGCGCGGUCCAGCGCAGCCUCGCCAUAAUCCGACACGCUCGUCAGAAGAAGCAACAGAAGCAGUACUGCAUGUACUACAACCGCUUCGGCAAGUGUAACCGGGGCAACAGCUGUCCCUACAUCCACGACCCAGACAAGGUUGCAGUCUGCACCAGGUUCCUGCGAGGGACGUGCAAGCAGGCAGACGGGACCUGCCAGUUCUCUCAUAAGGUGGCCAAGGAGAAGAUGCCGGUGUGUUCCUACUUCCUGAAGGGAAUCUGUAACAACAGCGACUGUCCCUACAGUCAUGUCUACGUGUCCCGCAAAGCUGAAGUGUGUGAGGACUUUGUCAAAGGCUACUGUCCCGAAGGAGAGAAGUGUAAGAAGAAACACACUCUGGUGUGUCCAGACUUCUCCAAGACGGGAUCCUGCCCUCGAGGGGCCCGCUGCAAGCUGCAGCACCGCCAACGAGCCAAACGAAGCGCCAGCAACACCUCCACCUCCACCACCACCACCCCGGCCAAGAGAGCCCGAACCAAGGAGCCCUCUAAGAGGUCAGGGAAGCAGACUGUUCAAAGGCCCCGCCUCUUUGUCGCCAUGCCGCAGGGCUGUCAGGCAGCUCCAGGGACUCCAACCAAAGGUCCUCUGGCGCUGCCGUCUUUUAUCUCCCUCUCCAGCUCACCAGAGGAGGCAGACGCACCUGAAACACUGCGGGCCGAGAGCUCACAGGUUAAAGAGAAAAAACUGCAGAUCAAGCCUCGUCUGUGAGACUACAGAGACCAGCAGCACUGGAGUUGAAAAGCACUCAUCGAUGAUUUCUGUGCUCCAGGUUUGUCCUGACAGGUGUAACUGUGUCUCCUCCAUCUGAAUUACUUCACUCAGGGCCAGAAAGUUUUAUUUUCUAUAUCUAUACUAUAUACAUAUGUUUUACAUAUCAAUCUUGGUGUUAACAGUACGAUUUUUUUCUCAUCAGGUUGUGUAAAUUUUUAAAAAUAAAAAUAAAAU